GGUGCACCCCCCUCCCUCUCUAUCCCUCUGGAUUAGAGGGAGUGGGACGAUGCCGUGUCAGUCAAGCGCGGGCAACCGUGACGGGAUAACGCUUCCCUGUAUCAUUGUUUUAGUGAUGUGAAGUUAUGUUAUUAUAAUUAAUUACAGUUAACUGAUUUUAUGUGAUUUAUAGUAUUAAGCAUGUUAUAUGAUGAGGACGUUCGGUUUGUGUUCGUUGUGAUGGUUUCCAUAAUGUUAUGUUACACGCCCACAGGAUUCUUAUAAGCCUGCCGCAAGGAAUCUCCGCGGCCGCUCUCCCUCAACGCGGCCAUCAUGAAGGAGAAGAGCAAGAACGCGGCACGUUCGAGGAGGGAGAAGGAAAACGCUGAGUUCCUCGAACUAGCUAAACUGUUACCACUACCAUCAGCCAUCACCUCACAGCUGGACAAGGCCUCGGUGAUACGGCUCACCACAAGUUACCUGAAGAUGAGGCAGGUCUUCCCUGAUGGUCUGGGAGACGCCUGGGGCGCCGCCCCUCCUCCACCACAGCCCAGGGAACUCUCAAUACGAGAGCUGGGAUCCCAUCUCCUGCAGACCCUCGAUGGGUUUAUAUUCGUGGUGUCACCAGAUGGAAAGAUUAUGUACAUAAGUGAGACGGCGUCCGUUCAUCUCGGACUUAGUCAGGUGGAAUUGACCGGGAACUCUAUAUACGAGUACAUCCACCAAGCUGAUCACGAGGAGAUGUCCGCGGUGCUCAGCCUACAGCAUCCGCACACGUAUGCUGGACCGCCGGCCGUUGGGUAUCCUGUAGGUGGUACCUGGAGUCCCAACGUGGACGUGGAGUGUGAGAGAGCCUUCUUCAUCAGGAUGAAGUGCGUCCUCGCUAAGAGGAACGCUGGCCUCACCACGUCAGGGUAUAAGGUCAUCCACUGUUCUGGAUACCUCCGCGCCCGCCGCUUCGGCGACGGCACGGCUCCUCUCGGGCUGGUCGCCGUCGGCCACUCCCUCCCGCCGUCAGCCGUCACCGAGCUGAAGCUCCACUCCAACAUGUUCAUGUUCCGCGCCUCGCUGGACAUGAGGCUCAUCUUCCUGGACGCCAGGGUGGCGUCUCUCACCGGCUACGAGCCUCAGGACCUCAUCGAGAAGACCCUGUACCACUACAUCCACGGCACGGACGUGCUGCACAUGAGAUACUCGCACUGCACGCUGCUGACCAAGGGCCAGGUGACGUCGCGCUACUACCGCUUCCUGACCAAGUCCGGCGGCUGGGUGUGGAUGCAGAGCUACGCCACCAUCGUGCACAACUCCCGGUCCUCGCGCCCGCACUGCAUCGUGUCCGUCAACUACGUGCUCAGCGACGUGGAGGAGAAGAACCUCGUCCUCAACAUAGAGCAGGGCCCGCCCAAGGCGAGCCCCGAGCCGCAGCCGCCCGCCGCCAAGGCGCCGCACCCCGUGGGCGAGGACUUCGGCGACGGCUACGGCUAUCCCGAGUACAGCCUGCCGGUCAUACCCUCGUACGACGCGCACGAGGACUACCAGAACGGCUACCAGGAGAUGUUCUACGAGAACUACGCGGAACCGGAGGUGGUCAACUACGUCUACCCUCAGAACCAGCGGCCGUUCUCGGCGAGCUCGUCCUCCUGCAGCUCGGUGGAGAGCUCGGAGGUCAACCAGUACAACUACACCAACCUCAUCUCGUUCUACGGACACGGCGCCCAGGGCCAGAGGCAGGCGGAGGGCUUCAGCAGCUUCGCCAAGAACCCGAGCGCCGCGCCGGACGGGUUCGCCGGCGUCAUCGUGGACAACACGCAGUUCCACAGCAACGAGUACGUGCACUGACGGCCGGCGGCGGCCGAGCGGUGCCGGAGCGAGCGGGGACAGCGCGGAGGAUAGCUUGUGGAGAUGGAGUGUCUGAGGGCGAAGGUCAAGACAGACUCACACGCGCAAGGUCAGGUCGGUGGGAAGUGGACGGAUAGCGGACGCGCCCUGACCCGCCUCACGAGAGGGUUCAGUGACUCACUCCAGACUGUCCGUAUUUAGUGCGACACGCUAACUCGCGGUUAGGAUAGUGAUAUAAUUUGGCUCGUCGAAUUUUAUAUUUUAAAUUUAUAUGAUUUUAUAUACAUAUAUAUAUAUCUACGUGUGUUCGUUCGUCGUGAGCCGCUGUAACCUAGCUCACACUGUCUCUAGGCGUCUGCCAAAUAUCAAAUUAGCGACAAUAAUAGUGUAUUCAUAGCUUUAGACUUGUAUAAUCUGUAAAUAAGAUAGCGGAGGAGAGGAAACAGUAUUAAUGAACAAAUAAAUUAAUUAGUCUAAGUUACUCCUUUUACAAUCUGUGCCGAGUCUCGCGGCGCCCCCCUCCCCCCUCCCUGUCGUGUCGCGACAGUCCGGUCGCGUGUAGGUCGUGUGAGUGUCGCGGGGAGCCGCUGUGAUAAUACAGACAUAUUAUUUAUGAUAAAUAAACAA